AUGUAUUGGGGAUUUUUCAGAAGAAGCAUUCAGCAGAAUAUCCAAUAUAAGAAGUGCCUAAAAAAUGAAAACUGUUCCAUAAUGCGGAUGAAUCGGAAUCGGUGCCAACAGUGCCGCUUCAAGAAGUGUCUGUCUGUAGGGAUGUCCCGAGAUGCGGUUCGAUUUGGGCGCAUUCCUAAGCGUGAGAAGCAGAGGAUGCUGAUCGAAAUGCAAAGUGCAAUGAAAAACAUGAUGAAUAAGCAGCCAAAUGGCUAUGUACAGGAAGAAAUCUCUCCCCCACAGCUGUCACAGUCAGAGCCACAAAUGGCCCUGAGGCCAGACAUUGUUGAGGAUGAAGUGAUUGGUACAGUACCCAAGGUUCACAAGGAAACUUUUAUCUGUACCCAGGAUAAGGCGGACAAAAUGUCUGAAG